ACCCUGACGAAGAUGAGAUUGAUUGCUGUUUAUCGGUUUAUGAAUGUAUGAUAUAUGUGAUAUAUAUAACCACUUCAACCGAUUCCUUUUCAUGCAUAACAGAGACAAUUCAAUCCUUUGCUCCAAACGUAACUUCUUUAUGAAGUGAAACAGAGGUCUUAAGAGAAGCAGUUGAGAUGGCUGGAGGUGGAGAUCAACUGGGAGUGCUUACUGCACUUGACGCAGCAAAGACGCAAUGGUAUCACUUCACGGCCAUAGUGAUCGCCGGCAUGGGAUUCUUUACAGAUGCUUAUGAUCUUUUCAGCAUAGCCAACGUCACAAAGUUGCUGGGACGCAUAUACUACACACACGAAGGGGCGCCAAAGCCCGGGACUCUGCCUCCGAAUGUCUCAUGCGCAGUUAACGGCGUUGCCCUCUGCGGCACUCUAGCAGGCCAGCUCUUCUUCGGUUGGUUGGGUGACAAACUUGGUAGGAAGAAGGUUUAUGGAGUCACGCUUGCUCUCAUGGUUGUGUCCUCUCUUGCUUCUGGUUUGUCCUUUGGCAAGAGCGCCAAGGGCGUCAUAUCCACGCUCUGUUUCUUCAGGUUCUGGCUUGGCUUUGGGAUUGGUGGCGAUUACCCUCUCUCCGCCACAAUUAUGUCGGAGUACGCCAACAAGAAGACCCGCGGCGCCUUCAUAGCGGCGGUUUUCGCUAUGCAGGGAUUCGGGAUUUUGGUUGGUGGAAUUGUGUCACUCAUUGUGUCCACGGCGUUUGACCACGCCUAUAAGGCACCGCCGUACAACGUGGAUCCAAAGGCGUCCCUUGUCCCUGAAGCAGAUUACGUGUGGCGGAUCAUCUUGAUGUUCGGCGCUGUGCCUGCCGCCCUAACAUACUAUUGGCGGAUGAAGAUGCCGGAGACGGCGAGGUACACGGCGCUGGUGGCCCGGAACGCGAAACAGGCGGCGCAAGACAUGUCAAAAGUGCUGCAAGUUGAGAUUGUAGCGGAGCAGGAGAAGGUGGACGCGAUGGCGGUGAAAGAUAACAACAGCUUUGGAUUGUUUACAAGGGAAUUCGCCCGCCGCCACGGCCUGCACUUACUUGGAACAACUACCACUUGGUUUCUACUGGACAUUGCGUAUUACAGUUCAAACCUUUUCCAGAAGGACAUCUAUACUAGCAUCGGGUGGCUUCCUCCGGCGGCUAAAAUGAACGCCAUCCACGAGGUUUACAGGGUUGCUAGAGCUCAGACACUCAUUGCGCUCUGUGGCACUGUCCCUGGCUACUGGUUCACUGUGGCAUUCAUAGACUACUUGGGUCGAUUCUUCAUCCAACUAAUGGGCUUCUUCUUCAUGACUGUCUUCAUGUUCGCCCUCGCCAUUCCAUACCAUCACUGGACACAGAAGGAACACAGGAUUGGUUUCUUGGUCAUGUACUCUCUUACUUUCUUCUUCGCCAAUUUCGGUCCCAACGCCACCACUUUUGUUGUCCCGGCCGAGAUCUUUCCGGCCAGGUUGAGGUCCACUUGCCAUGGGAUAUCCUCGGCCGCCGGAAAGGCCGGGGCCAUUGUGGGUGCGUUCGGGUUCUUGUACGCUUCACAGAGCAAAGAUCCUAGUAAAAGAGAUGCAGGGUACCCUGCUGGUAUUGGGAUGAAGGAUACUCUUAUUCUGCUUGCUGUGUGCAACUGUCUUGGGAUGUUCUUCACGUUGCUGGUGCCGGAAUCGAAAGGGAAAUCGUUGGAGGAGUUGAGCGGCGAGAAUGAAGAAGACGAAGAAGCUGCUGAGAUCACUACUUCUGAGCAGCACCAAACUGCAUCUUCUAGGACUGUUCCAGUAUGACACAGAUAUUCCUGGAAUCUCAUCGCACAGGUUGUUAAUUAUGCUGAAACAAAUCACACAUAUAAAAUAAAAUUAUCAAAUUUUAUAAAUAGAAAAAAACUUUUUUGCUGCUCUAUCUGGUAAGCACCUAUACUACCGCUUACUUCAUGUUAAAUCUGUGUUUUAGUAUUCCUAGUUAGUAGUGUAAUUACUGUAAGAAUCUUGUGUUGCCUAUAUUUUUAAGUUAUUUAACAACAAAAAUUAUUGAACAACUA